CUACAAGAGCGAGGCUGGUGGGGCCACCAUCAGUGGCACCAUGCUCCCGCAGGCUGCAGCCAAUACCGUGACAUCUGUGGCACCCCCAGACCAGGCACCUAAGAGCCCUGCGGCCAGCGGUGUGCCCCAGGCCCUGGCACCCGCCAGGCUGCUUGCAGCAAACCCCAGAAGAGACGCAGCCCCCAGGCCCGCCCAGGCCUCAUCACCUCCCACAGGCAGCGGGGAUGCAGAGAAAAGAGUUCUCGCCACCAAAGUCCUUGGCACUGUCAAAUGGUUCAAUGUCAGAAACGGAUAUGGGUUUGUAAACCGAAAUGACACCAAAGAAGAUGUAUUUGUACACCAGACUGCCAUCAAGAAGAAUAAUCCAUGCAAGUAUCUGUGUAGUGUGGGGGAGGGAGAAAUUGUAGAGUUUGAUGUGGUUGCAGGAAAAGUGGGUCCUAAAGCAAGAAAUGUGACUGGCCCAGAUGGAGUUCCAAUAGAAGGGAGCCACUAUGCUGUUGAUCGUCACCAAUAUGGCAGGCGCCGUGGACCUCCCCAUAAUGCUGGUGAGAUUAGACAGAUGAAAGAUGGAGUCCCCGAGGGAACACAACUCCUGGUCCAUCGGAAUCCAACCUACUGCCCGAGGUUCUGCAGGGGAACCGCUCACCCAUGCAUGAGUCCAUAUUGUUCCCUACAG